AUGGAUGCACAGGCACAGGAUGCUCAGGAAUAUUGCAAAAAGCAAAACAAAAAGGCAAGAAUCGAGCGCAUGCCGCAACAAAACCACAAUGCUGUAAAGAAAAGAAACAUGCAGGAUAUAGUUGCACUGAUAGAUCUUGCCAGAAGCAGUAGCAAGGCAGACAUCGUUGCAAAAUACGUAAAUUUUGUUUCUGAAUUUGUGCUGUACAAUGCAAAGCAAAUAUGCAGCCUCAGAGGAGGAAAAACGGUUUCUGCAAACGACAUAAAAGAAGUAAUCAUCUCGGAAGGUUUAUUUUUUCUAUCUGACGUUGAAGCAUUAUCAAAUAAACAGCAUCGCUAA